UGUAAACUUCCGGUGACAGAUUUACUUUUACUUCAUGAAGCGAAUACAGUAGCUUUCCAGUAUAUAUUGUGAGAUAUAUGUGCUGUUUCCUGAUGCAGAGUUGCAGAGAAAAGAAGUUUUCAAGGAGUCAUUAACAGGUAAAUCAAGAUGACUGCCAUUAAGCACACUCUCCAUCGUGACGUCUUUCUGCCUCAUGAUGAACGCCUCGUCGGGUUUGUCCAUGUCACCAAAGUUGGACGGAAAAAGAAAACAAGUUUUCUGUGUGCAGCUUUGAACAAUGACCACGAAAGCUCCGUCAAGGCUAGAGUGUGUCAGGUGAUCAAGAAGACCGACAAAGGAGAGUCCUACAAGAAAAAAUCUACUUGGUUGCUACGUGAACUGAAGGUCGUUGAUGGCAAAAGUUCAAGCAAGGAAACAGCCGAGUUUGACCUCCAUUAUGAGAAGAUCUAUAAAUGGGUUGCAAGCAGCGUAGCUGACAAGGAGGCCUUCAUUUCUUGUCUGUGGAAGUUGAGCCAGAGAUGUCUUGUACAAAAGCCUGAUUUCAUCAAUGUCCCCAAACAGUUAUUGGAGGAGGUGAGUAAGCCAUCAGGUGUGGGCCACACUCCCCAGACCGGGGAUGACAUGGCUGUCCUGGAGGAGGACUACCAGGCUUUGACAGGGAAGGAAGAGUCGGACCUCGCUCUUCUCAUGUCCGAGUCUCAGGCUGCCAUCAGUAACGCAGAGUCCUUCGCGGAGCAACUUUCCAAACAGCUCUCCGUGCUGGAUGGGGCUAACAUCCAUUCCAUUAUGGGGUCGGAGGACCAAGUCCUGAACCUGAUGAGGUUGUUAGACGACGGCAUCAACCAAGCGGAGAAGAUUGAGGAUCGCUUGGACUCUUACGAUAAAAUACUUCAGAAUGUGAAGGACCAGAUGGAGAUGAUGAGAGACAAAGAUUCGUUGAUCAACACUCGUAACAAGAACCACCAACAGCUGUUAGAGGACCUGGACAGCCUGGUGAGCCAGCUGGACCUGGAUACCCGCCACCUGAAGGCACUAAGCGAUGGUGACCUCUCCACUCCGGGCGGGAUCUACGAAUGUACGAAUGCUGCCAACGCUCUCCGUAACUGUAUGGCUGUACAGAUACACCAAGCCCUGAGAAAGAUGUCAGCGGUGGAAGAACAACAGAAGCGUUACAGUAAAUUCUCUGCCAGCUUCGCAAAACGUCUGGCACAUCAUCUUAACAACUUAUUCAUCCAUCAGGGUAACGAGAUGGGAGAGACCCUGAGUAGACAGAUGAUCGACUUCAAGAUUCCCCAGCAUCAUUCCAGUCAUCGGGACCUUACGCCAUAUGCAGAUCUCAUGUCUUGGCUAAAAAACGCAGAUCCUAAGAGUUUUAAGGAGCUCUCACAGGUAUACACGACCAGCCUGAGUCGACUCUACACCAAGGAAACACAGGACUUUAUAGAGUGUGCUAAACAGAGACUUGGAACAGGAACAAAGACUGACAAGAACAAACUAGGAGCAGGACUUGCAGGUCAAAGUGCAUCUAAGUUGUCUGGGUCCUCUACAAGUCUACAGGGGAAAAUCCACGAUGCCCGAGGAAGAUCUGGGUCGAUGCAGAGUGUGGACUCAGCCUCUCUGUCCAUGCAUGGCUCUGACUCGGAUCUUGCUAUGAGACACUUGUUUGACCAGGUGCUAGACAAGGUGUUCAGCGAACUGGAACCGUUCUGUCUGGCGGAACAGGACUUCUGUGUCCGAUUCUUUCACCUUGUGGCUGAAUCACAAAAAGGAGAGAAAGAGGAAGAAGAUAAGGAAGGUGGAGACAUCUGGCAACCCCGUAAGCCUGUUCAGUCGGUCGAGAAUUACUAUAUGGAAAAUUUAGGGGAGGGUCUUUUUCAAAGACGUGUCUCAACUCAAAUGCGUCAUAUUAACGAGGAAGUGCGGGGUAUGAUGAGGGACCUCUUCCCGUGUCUGGAAACGAACCUGGACGAUUUCUUUUCUUACUCGGACAGGAUUGAUGGGUUUAACUCCAUGUAUAUGUUGGUGCGGAUGAGUCAGCACGUGAACAAGGCCCAGAACACCGGCUCCUUCCUCAGUGUCACAUUUGCCAGCUGUCUUGUAAAGAUCAAACGCAACUUUGAUAGAUUCAUACAAAACCAGAUUCGUGCUAUCCAAGAGUGUCGAGUGGCCAAGAAGACCAAAUGUGGCAUCAUCAGUUUUGUUCAUACAUUUGAGGACUUUGCUAACCAGGCAGAAAGUAUAUUUCGUGGAUCAGAGAAUCGCCAUGCCCACCUGGACAAGUCAUAUGUCACACUUGUUGCAGUUAUAUUUGAACAGAUUGCAAGGAUCGCUUCAGAGCAUCCCAAGACUCCACGGGAAGUGGUCAUGAUGGAAAACUUCCACCACAUGUUUUCUGUGCUGUCAGCUCUGAAGAUACCCUGUCUGGAGAAUGACCGGAAAGAGGCCAAACAGACGUACCAGGACAAUCUGUACCAAUACACAACUCAUCUCCUGGGUAGGCCCAUGGAGAAGUUACAUGUGUUUUUUGACGGCGUACAAAACAGGGUGGCGUCGGGGGUGAAGCCGGAGGAGGUGGGAUACCAGCUGGCCUUCAGUAAACAGGAGAUGCGCAAGGUCAUCAAAGAGUACCCAGGCAAAGAGGUGAAAAAGAGCCUCGAACAUUUAUAUAAAAAAAUCGAAAAACAGUUGUGUGAGGAAGAAAACUUGCUGCAGGUCACGUGGCUCGCCAUGCAGGACGUGUUCAUCAGACAGUGUAAAUCUCACGAGGACAUCAUCAACAAGUGUUACCCUGAUUCAGGCAUAUCCCUGGAGUUUACUGUCGGGGACGUCCUACAAUACUUUUCGGACAUUGCCCAGUCACAUUAGGAGUGAUGCUGAAAUUAUUGUUGAUGACGCUUUACAAUAUGACAUUCACUAUAGUCAUAUUGGGAAUAACACUUGAGUUUCACAUUAAUGACGUCCUACAAAGCUUCUAUGAUAUUGCUAUAUCAUAUUAGGAAAAGUGCUGAACUAAUGGUGUUAUAUUUUCGAUUAUUUCGCUGGUGUUAAAAAUUUGCGGAUAUUAGUCAAAGCGCGAAUAUAGCGAAAUUAAAACCCCCGCGAAAUAUAACUGCUAUACAGUAAUCAAAUACUAUCUGGUAUGAGUAGGAACACAAUGAUAUGUAAAAUAUCACACUAGAGGGUACAGGUAGAUUUAAUCAUCUUUGGCUUUUCAUCAGUAGAAUCUCUUAAAUGGCCAGGUAUUCCGUCUUUGCGUAUUGCAGUUAUCUUCUCUUGGGAGCAGGUAUUUAUUGUUACGU